AUUUGUUUUGCAAACGUUUUGACAGUUUGUUGUUGUGUUUGUAUAUCACGGUUGACAUUGAUUUGUGACCACUAGUUUUUUCGGUACAUUUUUUCCGUCCAAAUCAUGACUGAUAACGACUGUUUAAACGAUGACACUCUUCGCUAUGAACUGGAAUCGAGAGGACAGUCGGUCGGACCGAUUGUCGACUCUACCCGUGAGUUAUAUAUAAGACUAUUGAAACGUUUGAUGACCGAAGAGAUGGACAAAUUGAUGGCCGACAGCGACGACCAACUGGACCGCGAACUACAACGAAACGCGUCGCCAACGACUUCGGCGGACAACAGCAGCGGUCAGCGGACAAACAAUUGGUCAUUGAAGACAAAGUUGUUGUCUAUUUUGGUGGCCAUUGUUUUAGCUUAUCUUUUGGCCAAAUAUUUCAAUAAUAAGUGA